UGACGCAGGAGCCGGCUGGGUACGUCCAGUGCCGGCACGCGGAGCUCCGCCCCCUUCCCCCACUUCUCCCCGGUGGGUGCUGUCGCUCGCCGGCCGGCCGGCGGGUGUCUGCCCGGCGCCGCCGCCCUCCCGCCUCCCCCGGGGAGAGACCGAGGGCGGCCAUGAAGAUCUGGAGCUCGGAGCACGUGUUCGGACACCCCUGGGAUACAGUGAUCAAAGCUGCUAUGAGAAAGUACCCCAACCCAAUGAAUCCGUGUGUGGUAGGAGUAGAUGUCCUCGACAGAAGCCUGGAUAACCAGGGGAGGCUGCAUAGUCACCGUCUUCUCAGCACGGAGUGGGGAUUGCCAAGUAUUGUAAAAGCGAUUUUAGGAACAAGUAGAACUCUGACUUACAUUGAGGAACAUUCUGUGGUAGAUCCAGUGGAAAAAAAGAUGGAGCUUUGCUCAACUAAUAUUACGCUCACAAACUUGGUCUCUGUUGAUGAGAGACUAGUUUACACGCCUCAUCCUGAAAACCCAGAAAAAACUGUGCUAACUCAAGAAGCAAUUAUUACUGUUAAAGGAAUUAGUUUGAGCAGUUAUCUGGAAAGCUUAAUGGCAAACACAAUAUCUUCCAAUGCCAGAAAGCUGCUACAGGGUCUCCUUAAGGGUCGGGAUGCCCUGGAGUGGGUGAUCAGCAAACUAAACACAGAACUGGAGGAGCUGAAGUCAACACGUGAGGGCAUGAAACCAGCCAUGGCAGCAGCAUCAACAGAAAAAUAAACCCAAAACUACCAAGUAACUGACACAAAAGUUUUUAUCCUGCAGACGACUUUGUAGAUCUCCCUUCCAAGGCUGACCUGCAGAAGUUUUAUAUAUUUAUAAGAAUAUUGGAUCAUCUGAAAAGUAACCUCGUUCCAUCAUCUCCACAGCAGCUCCUGUUGCCUACUGAAGAUUAAAUUGACCUCCUGCAGAUGCUCUUUUCAUUUAAACGAUUUAUUUUUAACACUGGAAACAAAACAUUUAGCACAUUUAAAAAUGCCUAAAUGUGCCUUUUAUAACAAAGAGAGUAUGUCAUUUUUACACCAUCUCAGUUUUUCGUACUCAAACUUGAAAAGAAUGCACAUAUGAUAGUAAGGGUUUUCCAUGUGAACAUUUGUUCUGUGAAGGGCUGGUAGGUACCGGAACACUGGAUUUUGUCUGUUUUGUAAUCUGAGAGUGUUUUAUGACCAUUUAAAGGGAACUACAGGAGUCAGAACAUGAUACUGUAGCAUUAGAUACCUAUCUAGAGGAUCAUACUGAAAAGCUAAAACUUGUGUGGUACUAACUUUUCUUAUGUUGUUUAAAUGUGCUGCCUGAACAUGACACACAGAUACUUUACCUCUUAGGUGUCUGUAUCCAAACAAAGGUAAAGUUUCGAUUGAUGUUAGUAGCCUAAAACAGGGUUUUUUUUUGUUGUGGGGAGAAGGGUAUAAUUUAUUUUCAUAUUUAUUAAAUUGCCCUAGUUUCUCCCCUUCCUAUGAAGAGAGGAGUAGUAAUUCUUGGAAAGUGCUGGAAAACACUUCUCUUAUUUACGUCUAAGAAGGGUACUUGUAGGCUACUUGAAUGAAGAGACUGUGCUGUUCCACUCAUCCUUGGUCUUCACAUCGUGUCCUAACUGAUGCAAUAACCAGAAGAGUUGAAAUGAGAAAUAAGCAGGACAUUUGAAACCCAAAUGGUAAGGUUUCAUGAACAUGUACUUUUCAUGCCUUGAAUGGAGAAAAUGAGUACAAGAAAAACAAAUGGACUCUCAUUUUUGAAUCUUUCUACUGACUACCGGUGUAACUGAAUUUUUUCAACACUUUUCCACAUUGGUACAAAAUGGGUUUAAGGAUCAUUUUAAAUGCUGCUUGUUAUCAGUAACUGCAGAAAUUGCUUCCUAUAAAACAUGCAUAAAUAUAUAUCAGUAACAGUCAUAGCCUUGUCUGAUGUUCACAAAAGUUUCGUAUUUGGUCCAGGUGUAGUGUAUGUUUUAUACACAGAUCUCUGUUAGGGCAUUUUAACUUAUUUUUUUGGUGUGUACACAAAGUGAAAUAAAUGUUGCAAGGAUGUGUUUAGGAAGCUGUUAAAGAGCAUGAAUAACUUCUAAAGAACUAGAAGAGUAAAAUGCUGGUCACUGUUUUGAUCGGGUAAUUUAAAGUCUCCGUAGCUUAAGGGAAAUUUCAGCAUUCAUAUUCUAGUUAGUUUGAAAGUGAACGUUAAUUUGGGUGUAACUAUAGUCUCACUGAAUUAUAUGAUCCUAAUGAAUAAACUUAAUUUGAAAAAUAUGUAUAUAUUAGUUGAAAGGAAUGAAAUGAUUAGCUAAUAUUUACAUUGUUCUUUUUACGUGGACCUAAAGCCUUUCUUAUUUUGGAACAGAAACUUAGAGCUUAAAGUCUGAUAGCAGCUCCUUUCUGGAAGAUUCGCUGGAGAGCUUUGGUGCAGGUCAGUUGUGCUUCUCAGAGGAGUGAUGCCACUUCCUGGAUAAUGAAUGCAGAAGAUGUUCUUGCUCCUGGUGGCAUCCUGCUACGAAGGGGAGUGCAGCUACGGCAGAGCUCUGCAAAUGAAGGGAAAAGAUGAGUAAGUGUGUGUGCAUGUGGAAACCUGUACUACAGCAUUUCCACACAUGCCUACUGGAGAUGAUGAAAACAUAAGUGUCAAGGGGGUGGAAAAGUCUUUGGAGAGGUUUAUUCAUUGCUUCAGUUUGGAAGAAUUGUCUAAAGCUGCUGCUUGCAUCAGAUUUGAAAUAAUUGUGUAGUGUUGUUUUAAAGCUGACCACCUUCCAGCUCUAGAUGAUGUCCCAGGAAAGUCACCACAGGCUCCUGUACUCUGUCCAGGGCUGAACUCCUCUGCCACACCGUAGGGGCAGUGCCAGUUAUGCAUCAGUUUUCUGGAUUACUUUCUUUGCACUUUGUUUCCUUCUUCCAGACGCCAAUCCUUAUCUGCUCGUGUUGCAGCCUCUCCUUUCUGUUUCAUUCCCUGCUGGUUUGGGGCUGCUUCCUCUCCACGUUUCAUGCUGCUUGCGAACUACACGGCUAGGUGCUUGCUUUUCCAGUCUGUCUGCUGCUCCACUUGCCAUGAAUCAGCACCUCGCCUGCCUGUGUCAGUCCUCUCCUGCUUUUCUCUAGGCUAAAUGGGAGUGGGGAAACUGGGUAGGAAAAAGACUGAUUUCUCCGAGAGGCCAGUUCUGUCACCCAGCUGCCUCUCCACUGCCGGACAGUGCUGCUGCUUCUCGCCUUGUCUUUGGGGAAGGUGACACUCCCGCACCGCUGGGCUUAUUGAUCUUCCCAUGGUUGCUCAUUUGGCCAGUGUGUACAAAGGACCUUGCAGGCAGUGGUCACAGUGGGACCGAGUAGGCUCCAGUGUUUAGCAGAUGAAGUGGUCCUUAAUUUCCUGUAGCUUACCUGGACACUUCCACUCUUUUGCUUGCUGCCCAUCUAGUUUGCAUACGGGGCUCCCACCCUUCUCCCUUCAGCAUGUCACUCUUCUCCAUGGGAUCUGUAGCUGUGUGUUCAGCACUGCUGUGCGUAACAGUGUUUUUGAAGCACUCCAUUUCCCACUCCAGUUCUGUCACUGUUACAGUCUGAGUUAACCCUUGGGGCAAAAAAAACCCCUACCUUCAGAAUUACUUAUCUUGGCCCUUCCCUAGGGAAACUCCCCCAUCUUUAAUUACCAGAAAUGGCUAAAAAAUAUUUUUGAAGUCAGUUUUACAUCACGUGCAUUGACUGAGGUGUCUGUCAGGCAAAAAGCCACAUGUGAGGGCUAGGCUGCUUGCAGGAGCAGGGGGGUAUAGCUUUUUUGAUUGGUGCAGAAACAGCCACAUACACAGGAGUCAAAAAACCCCUUACAAAGCAGAAACGGUGUUAAGUCAACACUCAUUAACUUGGAAGGAUCUUGAAUUGCUGGGGACCAAGCAGAAAAAAGCUCAGCACUUGUAACCAUGCUGAUUAGUGGGUAGCAAGUGCCAGUUUGGAUAGGAAUUCUGCAUUUUGAGAGUUGGAAAUAGAAUUAAAGUGGAAUUUUGUGUGUUGGAGAGGAAGAUUGUUCGCUGCUGCUGUUCAAGCCACUGAGGCUGGCAGGUUGGUGUUCCUCAGCUGGCAGGUCGCAGUUCCAGGGAAAGGGAGUUGGAGGGGGGGUGUGGGGUGUGUAGGGAGGUGCUUUGGUUUUAGGAAUUCAGUGCCAGUGUAUCAGGUCUCCAGACUGAAGUGUGGCUGCUCACCCUGUCCAGUAACUCCAGCUGCAUGGCACACGCCUGCUGCGGGAGGAUGAAGCUGGGGAUAUCUGGUUCCUGACUGCAGGGGAAACGGGGAGGGAAGAUGUCAGUGGUGGUUCCCAGAACAUGGCAAACUGGGCACGUUAGCUCUUGGCCCUGAAGGAUUUUAAGAUGUCGAAGAUACCAAACUUGAGGUAAACUUUGGUUUCUGGUUGAUGUUUAUUUUUCAUGCUAGUGCAGACUGGCUCACGUUAGCAACCAGAGGCAUUACCUUAAAACAGUGUGAUCAAAUGGUCUUGUGUGUAAUUGGUUUUGUGUAGACUAUCCUUUUUUUUUUUUUUCCUUUUUUUUCUUUUGCUGAUUUGCCCUUGGGCCAGUGUGAGUCCUCCAUGCUCCCCCAUACCUCUUAUUACUUCUUCCCUAUCCAGGCAGCAGGCACGAUGGGGGAAGGGUCACAUCUGUCGGGCAAAACAGGCAACCCUAGUGUAAGUUACAGUAUUCUUGAAAGACUUGCUUAACGCAAGUAAAAGCACUGAACUGCAGCACUUGGCAUGUAUCAGGAAUUGAUGUGGCACAUAUCAAGCAUUGGUGUAUCUGACGGUGUAAGCAGGAUGACCAGUGACAUUCCUUGAUGUGACACUUUUCAUUUAAAUCUUCAGGUGGAGCAGCGGGUAACACCACCUUUGCUCUUCUUGCAUCUUCCUAGAUUGUAAGCUGUGAAGGGCAGGGCUCUGUAAAGUGUCUGCGUACACUGUGGUGCUAUCUUUAAAUAAAUGACAUCCUCAUUUAAAAAAAAAAACCACUUCUGGGUGUAACUGCUGUAAGAUAAAAUGGGCUGUUGGUUUUCAGAGAAGGCUGCAGAAACAUUAUGUGCAUUAGUCUGCGCUGGGUAAGCAGCAGGAGCCAGCCCCGGGCUCUCUGGCGCACACGGGGCACCACACAUCGUACUGGUCAGAAGCCCUGGGGGGUCCUCUGCCUGAACUGGUAACUCCAGCGGGGUCUGGCAUUUUGCAGUAAAGCCUUGCCUUGUAAAUAAGACCUUAUUUAUCUAAUAAACUGUCUUUUUACCCCACCAACGCUACUUGCCACCAGUCAGAGCCGUGCAGUUUACAGGCUGGCCUUGUAAUCGCAGCUCCAGGAGGCAGGUCCUGCUUUUGCUAUGAAUUUGUUCAAUGAAAAGGCAGUUUGUGAAGCGCAAGUCCUGUCCUCUUAAUUUUUCCACAGCUGAGGUGACUGAGGUAUGAUUCUCAUUUUAUUGGAAGGCACCUGCAAGUAAAAUCAUCAGUGAAAGCUCUACCUGACUGAACAAAGGUGGAACGUGCCCCUACCAGCGGUGCUGUGUAGCGUAACCACCAGCCCCUUCAAUAGAAACGUGCCCGUCAAAUGUCUAAGCUGAAGUUGGGCCUUGGCCUCUACCUGCCCCGUAAGCUGGGCUGUGAGAAGGCAGCUGCUCAACUUAACUGGUGCUUGUCUCCACCAGGCUUUGGAAGCCAACUUCCUGCAGCAGUUGCACCAUUCGUGCCCGUGUCCUUUCAUUCUAGAUUUAGCAGCUCCUGAAACUCGGUUUCACAGCCCCACGCUGCAAUGUUUGGCCUGCAGAAGCCAAAGCAUUGCUGGCUCCCACGGUUAAGCACUGACCUGACUGGGUAGAGAAACGCUGGGAGGACCCGUAGCUUAAUGUCAGCGUUACAACUGCAUGGGAGGCCCCAAGAAUGUAUUUUUUCAUACUGGAUGCUCACCUUUUUGAACCUGUAGAGGUUCUUUUUUAAUCAAAUGGGUUAAUAAUCAAACAUACUUUCCACCUGUGGCUACAUUAAGUAGCCUGGCACCUCAAAAGAUUAUCUGCUUAAAAAUGUGCUUUAUUAGCUUUAAUAGAAAGGUCUAUUCCAAAUGGCUUCCUCUAGGAAGGAGGUUUUUUGUAAAAACCAUCUCAAUGACCUUUGCAGGCUGCAGCAGCUUCUGUUGUAAUUUCAGGACAGAGAGCCCAGGCUCUGUGUGUAUCUGCCACUGCGGAACAGCCUGAUCAGAGGAGAAACUGAAAAGUUUUACUGAAUUGCAUUUUAGCGCAAAUAAGCAGGCAAAGCUGAAGCCACAUAAAAUUCACUGUGUCUGUUUGGUAACUCUUUAGCUCCACCUCCUGAUUGUGCCCUGUGACAUUCAUUGAGUGUGGACCAUCACGGUAAAAUUAAGCUUUGCUUGUUGAAGUGGUGUAAAGUUUCACCUAUGGGGCCUUCAGUGCAGCUGGGAGGGGUGCUAAUGCUUUCAGGUACCGAAAGCUGAUGGAAACCUGCAGCGCAGGAUCCCACUAGCUCUGACACUGGGCGCCCCUCUCUUUCUCAGCAGCCCUCCAAAUUCUUUCCACAGUUGUAACCCCACUGUAGUCCCUGUUCUUGCAGAUGGGGACCCUGUGGCGGGGGAGGGCUCACUCGCAGCUUGUGCGGGGUCAGCUGAGCAACACGAGCAGCUCGGGGAUUUUUCACUGGGGAGCUGCGAGCGCAGGGAGGGGAGUGAGCCCCUCUGCUCGGGGCUGCCGCAGCCCGCGGGUGCCGCUCGGCAGCCACCCCGUGCACAGGGCAGCUGGCACAGCCCUCCCGGCGGGAAGGGACGGCGGCGCUGGACUCUGAGCUGCCACGAGGGCAACGCUCAUGAACUGACGCUUCUGUGCCAGGAAAUGGCUUCUGUGCCUUUGUGUAUCACGCCAGAAUGAGCUAAUGCCCCUCUCCUGUGGUUCUCCCGCCAGGAAGUUCUGGUGAAUAGUAAUUCCGGGUACUCAAAAAAUCUGAAACAGUAAUAAAAAUCAGACAGAAACAACAAAACAGAUCUUUAUAGCUGGAGUCAAUGUUCAUAAACAGUCUCAGAGUGGCCUUAAGAUACACACAGACAAGAAGAAACAAACUAGAGCAGCUCCAAGUUACCAACAUGGAAAUGCUAUAAAAUUUUAUAGUAACAUUAACGUAAUCCCUAGGCUGUAGCACCAGAUCGUACAGUCGCAGCACCUUUCCCUCAUGCCUGUGUGCUGUGACUGUUUCACAGAUGAGACUGAGCUCAUAAGAAACAUUCCUAAAAGAUGUACAGAGCUGCUGGAUGAGGUAAAGCAUGAAGGUGGCCAUCAGGAAUCUCCAGUUGGAGCUUUUAAAUUAGUUUGGACCCGCAGUGCAUGCAGCCAGUAACUACCCAUGGAAGCUGAUGCUGAACUUGCCUGGGGAAAAAGGGGAGCUUGAAGAGAGAACAAGAGUAGUUGUGGUAACAUCCUCUCUGCUUCUGGUCUAAAAACCAAAACCAAUCAAAAACCUCUCCAAAAGACCACCAACAUUUCUCUCCCGAAGAUGAGGGACAGAGAUUUCCCAAAGCCCGUACUACGUGCAGGACAAGCGCGCCUCGGCUACAGGCCGCCGGUGCGGGAAGCAGCAACGCGGUGGCUGGAAACGCUGACGGGGUGCGAGUCACAUCACUGGGGUGGGUUGUACAAGCAGUUUUAUUGCUAUUCUAAGAGUACUUCAGCAUGUUCCCAUCCCUUCAUGCAGCCCAGCCAGCGUUCGGCUGUUAUCCAAUCAUUUUAAUUAACGAUUCUUUGCCAAAAGAAACGUCCGACUGAUCUUACAAAACUAUAAAAGCAUGAAAAAGGAGAGACACAGAACCUUUAAAUCAGCUUCCACGUGAAUAAUUAACACAGACAAGGGCUGUAAUGGAAAGGCAUUUUAUUUUCACCAGGUAACACCCCUCCCUCUAUAAAGUAAGUAAUGGGGAAAGGGAAAAAACCAACCAACCCCCAAAGCACUACUGUCACCAUCAAGAUGUGAAAGGUUGGGUCUGAGCCGCAGCGGAGGCCUGUUUGGUGCUUGCACCGCUGCCGCCAGGCAGAGCUGGGUUUGAAGGUUUGAAUUCUCCACAACCAGGGUCACAUGGAACAGGACCGGUGCCGCCAGUGGCACUGUUAACUUCUUGGGUCUCCUAUCGUAUAUUUAAACAGACCUUGGGCAUAUUAAUAAAGCUGGAAAAAAAAAAAAA